AUGGUACCAAGUGUUGCUGUAUCUUGCUUGAGCUUAUCACAAUAUGGUUAUCAUUCAAACUACAUGUCGAAACAUAUGCCGUUAAGUAAGUAUAGAAGAGACAUAAGGAGAUGUUGCAUUAGAAGGUCUCAAAUUGUGGCUUCAGUUGUUGGAGAUGAUGAUGGAUUGCGUGUAUUUGUGGUCUCCGAUUUGCAUACUGACUAUACAGAAAACAUGAAAUGGGUCAAGGACUUAUCGUCUGUCCGAUACAAGAAUGACGUUCUUAUUGUUGCUGGUGAUGUUUCUGAGACAUACAAGAACUUUAUGAUGACUAUGUCUCUUUUGAAGAAUAAAUUUGAGCAUGUCUUGUAUGUUCCUGGGAACCAUGACCUUUGGUGCCGUCGGAAGGGAGAAAUUCAUCUUGAUUCUCAUCAGAAGUUAAAUAAAGUGCUUGAUGUGUGUAGAGAUCUUGGAGUUGAGACCAAUCCAAUAGCUUUAGAUGGCUUGGGAAUUAUUCCUUUGCUCUCAUGGUAUCAUGAGAGCUUCGAUAAGGAGGAGGAAAUAACCAAUAUUCGUGUUCCACCUUUAGAGUUGGCAUGCAAGGACUUCACGGCAUGCAGAUGGUCAAGGGAACUACCAAAUGGAGAUAUCUCACUUGCUCUAUAUUUCGAUGCAAUGAAUGAGAAGAAUCAAAACCUGAUCAAGGAGAUCCAGAACACAUGUAGCCAAAUAAUUACCUUUUCUCACUUUGUCCCCAGGCAAGAGCUGUGUCCAGAGAAAAGAAUGCUAUUCUAUCCAAAGCUUCCAAAGAUUAUUGGCUCUGAUAGUCUUGAGGUCCGUAUAAGGUCCAUCCAUGGGGUUAAAGGAAGUGCAUCUGCAUGUCAUGUGUUCGGUCAUACACAUUUCUGCUGGGAUGCUGUGCUUGAUGGUAUCAGGUAUGUGCAGGCUCCAUUAGCUUACCCGAGGGAACGGAAGAGGAGAAUGAAUGGGGGUGAAAAUUGGUUGCCAUUUUGUAUCUAUUCUAAUCGAAAGUUGUCUGAUAAGCUUUCGCCGUGUUUUUGGUCUGAUUAUUACUCUUCCAACCCAAGAACACCUCAUGACACAAAACUUGCUCCUUGGGUUGCCAGGUUUUAUAACCAAACAUAACAGUUUAAUAGAUUUCAAAACCUCUUGAAUUUAUUGAUGUAAUUUCUUUCAUCUAUGAAAUUCUUCUGAAUGUUGUUGUUAUUAGUCCUCUAGUUCUGCUUAGACGAAUCUAAGGAGUAAGUUCCACGGUUACCUGCCGUGCUACUCACAUGUAUAUAAAAGCCUAUCCUGCUUGAAAAAGAACUCCAGUUUUUUGUUCUCUUUUCCAAUGAGCAAUUGCUCGUUGCCUUAAGAGAUGGAAUCAUAUAGUUGCAUUUUUACUAUUUCAAAACUUAAACUUUUGUAAAGAAGUAAAAUCAUUUCUGGUAGCAAUGCUGAAGCAUGUAGAAUGUUUUAAAGGAAAAGUUCAAGGGCUCCAAUCGUGUAUAUGUGGAAACAUAGUUGAACUCUUAACUUUGUUUUUGGGAUACAGAAUUGAAGAGCCAUAUGGUCAUGCCAACAUUCAGAGCACAAUAUAGCGGUUCAGGGGAUCCUUCUGAGAUACCAUCCACUAAUCUUGUCCUCAUGGGAAAGUUCAGGUAAGGGCCCUGCCUUGGAUAAAGCUUAUUGCUGAGAAAUUUUCUUGUUGUUUUCUUAUAUGGAUUUUGGUGUCUUAGUGAAACUGGUUAUACUUGGUGCACAUA